AUGGAGCCGCUCACAAGCCCCAACGCGGAGAAGUUCUCAAAGGCUUUGGGGCUGGUUUUCCAAGGAUCGAAUAGAAAUGGGAAGAUUUGGGUGUUUGUUGAGGAAGGGGCCAGCUUCCUGGUCGAGAGAGACACGGAUCAGGCCCUAUCCGGCCGCUUUGGAUCCCCCCGCCUAGCUAGUCACUUGUGUGUCUCGGCGGUGUAUGCAAAAUGUACAAGAACCGAACGGAUUCAUUUAUGGGAUGAAUUGAGGGAGUGCUCCAUACUUUGGGAGGGCUCACCAUGGUUGAUCGGAGGGGACUUCAACACCAUUCUCCAUCCACGAGACAGAGUAGGGAGUGAAACAAACCGCCAAGCUGAAAUGGUGGACUUUGCGGAGGCUAUUGAGGAUUGCAGGAUACUAGACCCGGGCUAUGAUGGGUCGGAGUUCACAUGGGCCAAGAAUGGUCUCUUCGAAAGAUUGGAUAGAAUUCUUGUGAAUGAACGUUGGGCACAAAUUUUGGAAACUACCCGGGUGACGAACCUGCCCCGGAUUGCCUCGGACCAUGGGCCUGUGUUGGUAAGAUGCAAAGGGACAGAUCAUAACAGCGGGGGUAGGCCGUUCAGGUUCCAAAACAUGUGGGUUAGACACGAGGGAUUCAUGGAUCUCGUUUGGGGAGAUUGGAUGCAACCGACGGAAUCCGGAGGCCUACUCAAUUUCCAAAUCAAACUUGCACGGCUUAAGAGAACCCUAAAGGUAUGGAACAAGGAGACCUUUGGGAACAUCCAUCUAAACCUCAGGGAUAUGGAAGUGAAAAUCGCUACGGCCCAAAGCAAUUUUGAGGAAAGGCCAACCCCGGAGAACAGGACAGAGAUCAAUAGAUGCAUCGCCGAGUACAUUCGACUGCUCAAAAUGGAGGAGGACUUCUGGCGCCAAAAGGCUACUCUAAGAUGGCUAGGGGAGGGCGACAAGAACAUGAAAUUCUACCAAAGUUGGGUGAAACAAAAGAGGAUCCGCACGCGCAUCCACAAGAUCAAUGUGGGUGGCCGGGAGAUCUCGGACGAAAUGGAGAUUGGAAUGGCGGCACUACCCGAGACACCAUCCGCUGAGGAAGUCAAAAAUGCUGUUUUUGAUAUCUACGGGGACAGUGCCCCAGGGCCGGAUGGUUUCACGGCCUUGUUCUACCAGGCUUGUUGGGCUACGGUUGGGCCGGACGUGGUGGCGGCUAUCGGCCAAGUUUUCGGGGGCGCCUACCUCCCACGUAGCGUCACGGCCACAAGCAUUGUUCUCAUUCCAAAAAAGCCUGUGCCGGAAUCGUGGAGCGACUACCGCCCUAUUAGCUUGUGCAACGUCGUCAACAAGAUUAUCACAAAGAUUAUGUCGAAGAGAAUGACUGGGCUCCUCCCUAUGAUUAUCUCGCCAAACCAGAGUGGAUUUGUGAAGGGACGGCUCCUUAACGAUAAUGUCCUUUUGGCACAGGAGAUGUUCCACGAGCUCUCGAGAUGUGGGCCGGCUCCUAAUGUCGCGGUUAAAAUCGAUAUGGCCAAGGCCUAUGACCGGGUCCAAUGGACAUUCCUCCUGAAAGUGUUACACCGGAUGGGUUUCCCGGCCCCGUGGGUCUCCCUGAUUGAGAGAUGUGUGGGAUCCUGCUGGUUCUCGGUGCUGGUCAAUGGUGCCCCCUCCGGUUUCUUUAAGUCCACCCGAGGCCUCAGACAGGGAGAUCCAAUUUCUCCGACCCUUUUUGUGAUUGCAGCUGACUACCUCUCAAGGGAACUAGACAGGCUCAUUUUGAGAAAGAAAGAGAUGAUUUUCAGAGCCUCUCGCCACUGCAUGGAAAUAAGCCACCUUGCCUACGCCGACGACAUUGUGAUUUUCACACAAGCAGCGGAGGGCCCUCUUAGGCGUCUGCGGACUUGCCUGGAGAAUUAUGCCAGGGUCUCCGGGCAGCAGAUCAACUUGGCAAAAAGCAACUUUUACAUUGCCGAACAACAUGAAGGAUGCGCCAUCACUAUUCAAAAUGAAGGAGGCUUCACACGAGAGAGAAAAAAGACGCAUUGGAUUGGGUGGGAUCAGAUCUGCCUCCCCACCUCUGAAGGGGGUCUCGGCAUCCGUAAGACCAAAGAAGUCCUCCGGGCCUUCAGUAUCAAACUUUGGUGGAGGUUCCGGGAGCAAAAUUCCCUUUGGGCUAGGUACAUGAAGGCCAAGUAUUGCCACAAAAACUCUCCCCUUGCGGCCUCUCCUUCGGGGAGAAACAGCCCGACAUGGAAGCGGCUAAUGAAAGUGAGAAAUCAAGCGAACCCGAAUAUUAGAUGGGUGAUCGGCCAGGGCGAUGCCUACUUUUGGGAUGACAUUUGGCUUGGGGAAUACCCCCUUCGCGAGCUCUGCCUUGACGAUAGAGGCACCCCUUCGACCAAGGUUUCGGAAUACAUUGGGGGUGAAACAUGGGAUGAGAUUAAGCUACGGCAACUUCACAACAAGGCUGGAAUGCCUCAAGAGAUUAUCACACAAAUCCUUGAUACCCCAAUAGUUGCGGGAGAACCGGAUGUCCCCCGAUGGAAACUUUCUCGGCUCGGGGAGUUCUCGCUCGCGACGACUUGGGAGACAAUACGCUCACAAAGACCAAGCAUUCAAGGCCUCGAUGACAUUUGGAAGGCUGGACUUACAAAAUCUAUUGCGAUCUUCAAUUGGCGACUUUUGUCAAACAGGAUACCGGUUGAUUCCAAGCUCCAGUGGAGGAAAAUUGAGCUUGCGUCGAAAUGCCAAUGCUGCCCACGGAGACCUAAUACCGAGUCCCUCCAACAUCUCUUCAUUCGGGGGUGGGGAGCAACAUGUGUUUGGAAGGAGUUCAACGGCUGGUUCGAAGGCUCGGCCCCACCCCUUAGGGUGAACGACACCAUCCCGGACAGGUUGCAAGUUCACAUGUUCAUCUACAACAACAUGGCCAACGGACACAUCAAGCCGAAACAUUGGAAGGGAGUAAAAAUCGGAAUGAGCCUUCCGAACCACCCCGAGACAAGGGGGCCGAGACCGUUAGUUAUGCCGGUUAAGUGGCAUCCCCCGGAACGCACAUGGAUCAAGCUUAACACGGAUGGGGCGUUCUCUGAGGCAACAAACAUGGGCGGCGGAGGGGGUCUGGUUCGGGACCACAAUGGGAAGCUGCUUGUAGCUUUUGCAACCCCACUCGCCGCUCACUCGGCUCUUGAGGCCGAGCUUAUGGCCAUUCACCAUGGGUUGGAGGUAGCAAAGGGGUUCAACCUACCCAUUUGGGUUGAAGCAGAUGCGGAACAAGCCAUUAAGUUGCUCAAUGGCUCGGCUUGGGGCCCGGCACAAGUUCGCCGCGUAAUGGCCCGGCUACAUGGCUUUAAGCGUAGACAUACCGUCAGGGCCACUUUCAUCCCUAGGGAGGGCAACAAGGCGGCCGAUUUGCUCGCCAAAAUGGGAGCGGAACAAGAUCAUUUCCAACAAAUGUCCUCACAAAAUGUUCCAGCAACAAUUAGAGCCAUCAUCCGGAUGGACGAAAUGGGAGUCCCCAAUCUUCGGGUGAGAGAUGAUGAGCGAGAGUAG